UUUAGGAAGAGGAAGGGGGUCCAACCCGAGGUCUAAAAAGGAAAACUGUCGGUAUGAGUAUGAAGGCUGAGUGACCCCCAUCCCCAUUUGAUUUAAUCCUUACGUUUCUUCUUCUUCCGGGAAUUAAUCAAAAUCAUCACUACCACAACCGACACCGAUAUGAGGAAAGAAGCAGUGCCCUCCACCGCCCCUUUCACCGCCACCACCGUUGGCAAGAAGCUAUUCCUUUGCUUUGAAACUAAACCCUUUGUUGUUACAUUGCUUGCUCUUACUUUAGUUAUGCUUCUCUGGAACUUCCCUCCUUACUACCAAAACCUCUCUACUACCCGUCCCUGUUCAGCUGCUCCUCUCGCCUCAGUCGUCGCUGCCGCCUCCACUAGCUUAUUCUCCACCAAUGCAUCACUCCCUUAUACAGCCACCCCCGCAGGUGAAAAGAAGUACUACUCGGAUCCUAAAGUUAAACCCAGGGACCCCAACAAGCGGGUCUUCGAGGCUUACGGUAACGCUGCUGCUUUGUUUGUGCAGAUGGGUGCUUACAGGGGCGGUCCUACAACAUUCGCGGUGGUGGGAUUGGCUUCCAAACCUAUUCACGUUUUCGGCCGCCCCUGGUACAAAUGUGAAUGGAUCUCAAAUAAUGGGUCAUCUUUCAGAGCCAAGGCCUACAAAAUGCUUCCGGAUUGGGGGUAUGGGCGUGUUUACACCGUGGUGGUGGUGAAUUGCACUUUCCCAUUCAACCCAAACCAAGACAACCUUGGUGGUAAGCUGAUGAUCAAUGCCUACUACGGUGAGUCCCCAAGGAAGUACGAGAGGUUCACAGCGUUGGAGGAGACCCCUGGAUCUUACAAUGCCGCCAAGUACCGGCCACCAUUUCAGUACGAAUAUUUGUACUGUGGGUCGUCUCUGUACGGGAACCUCAGCGCUGACAGGAUGAGAGAAUGGAUGGCUUACCACGCCUGGUUCUUUGGGGCAAGCUCGCAUUUCGUGUUUCAUGAUGCGGGCGGGGUCUCCCCGGAGGUCAGAGCGGCUCUCGAACCUUGGGUGCGUGCCGGAAGGGCUACGAUUCAAGACAUUCGGGACCAGGCGCAGUUCGAUGGGUAUUAUUAUAACCAGUUUUUGGUGGUGAAUGAUUGUUUGCAUCGCUAUCGACACGCUGCCAAUUGGACUUUCUACUUCGAUGUGGACGAGUAUAUCUAUUUACCUGAUGGAAACACUUUGGAGUCGGUGUUAAAUGAAUUCUCCGCUUAUACACAGUUUACUAUUGAGCAGAAUCCAAUGUCCAGCCUGCUCUGCCUAAAUGAUUCCUCUCAACAAUAUUCCAGGCAAUGGGGAUUCGAGAAGCUUCUGUUUAGAGAAUCAAGAACGGGAAUUCGGCGUGACAGGAAAUAUGCAAUUCAGGCAAAGAAUGCAUUCGCAACGGGAGUGCAUAUGUCGGAGAAUGUUAUUGGGAAAACAUUACAUAAAACAGAAACAAAGAUUCGUUAUUAUCACUAUCACAACACCAUUACCGUACACCAAGAGCUAUGCAGAGAGUACCUCCCUCCCUCUGCCAAAAACAAUGUCACUUGGUUCAAUAAGCUACCCUAUGUCUACGAUGAUAACAUGAAGAAACUGGCCAACACCAUCAAGGAAUUCGAGCAUAAAACCAUUGGAGACCUCGGUUCUCUAUGACCCCACACCCCACAUUCCACUCCAGCAGCUACCACAUGUAUCAGUUUAAUGCGUUAAUGGUUGAGCAUUCAUGGCAUAUGUGCUGAUUUUUACAUUUGGGUUUGCUCAAAAUUUAUUCCUCAUUCAUGCUAAAGAUGGCCCCCACCCAUUGCUAGCUGUGGCGAGAAACUCAUGGAACAAGCUGGAAAGGGGCCCCCGAUAUCGUUUUGAUUUUGUCUCUAGUGGUAAGUGUGUGUUUUACUUGUACCAUUUUGUUUUUGGUUCUAUAUCUGUAGUGGGAAUACUUGUAAAAUUAUUUCUCUUACAUAUUUAAGUUAUUGCUUUAUAGAUUCAUACCAGUUUUAUAAUAGAAAA